CAGAGCGUGUGUUUGUGUGUGUGCGCGUGAGUUGUGUGCUGGUGUAAUGUGACAGCGCGCUGGGGCUGCGUUUCCUAGGAAAAUCUCAGCUCUCUCAGCUCUCGCUGCACGUCUUAUUGCCGCUCUUAUUGUCUGAGCCGCCAGUGAUAAAGAGAGCAGUUCAACCGGGGCCUGUUUUUGGAAUAAGAGAAGCAUUGCUGUUUACAGACUUUGAGGGACGAAGGAAGGGACUCCUCUGGAAUUUCCUAGGGGAUUUAUUCGGACAGCUCCGUUGCCGGAGCUUUGCGUUCUACCGCCGGGGUAUAUAAUGUGACCAACUAUUCCACACUAGGGAUAUUCUGAGGAGUUCUCUUUUUUCAUCACUCUGGUCCGAGGCAGCAAUCGCAAUCGAUUAUUCCAAACGGGUGGGGGCAAGGGAGCAUUCGUUUGAGUGGUGUGUCGGCGAGGUACCACUGCAGCAUCAGGCAGCAUCAGGCAGCAUGUUGGCACCUGCAUGAACCCAGAAGAGGAGCCUCAUUUCUUGUUCUCUUUGCUGGGACGUCACCUACAGGAUGAGGCCUGCGGCAGGUCUCAGGAGAGAAAAUGUUCCAUGACUUUCACACCUUCGACCUCAAGCUCUUAAACGGUUGGGACGGUCGCUUGAGUGCUGAAAGGCUGUGAAUACCCUGCAUCUGAGAAAUCAGACCAGACUGACUCACAGGGCUCUGUGAGCCAGCACCACUGAGGCUGCCAAAGCAUGCUGGUGCCAAGCUGUCCCACCAUGCACAGAGCCAGACCCACGCUGCUGCUGCCGCUGCUGCUCCUGGGUCUGCUCCUCCACCUCGCCGACGCUCAAACACCACCAAAGUUUUUAAGAGUCCCCAACGACCAAACCGGCGUUCAAGGAGGGGUGGCAUCCUUUAUCUGCCAAGCUACAGGAGAUCCACGGCCGAAGAUUGUGUGGAACAAGAAGGGGAAGAAAGUCAGCAACCAGAGAUUUGAGGUAGUGAUAGAGUUCGACGACGGCUCCGGCUCAGUCUUAAGAAUUCAGCCGUUGCGCACGCCCCGAGACGAAGCCAUAUAUGAAUGCGUAGCCUCCAACAGUGUUGGAGAGACGAGCGCUACCACCAGACUCACUGUUUUACGUGAGGACCAGCUGCCCCCUGGGUUCCCCACCAUAGACAUGGGCCCACAGCUGAAAGUGGUGGAGCGAACGCGCACCGCCACCAUGCUCUGUGCCGCCAGUGGGAACCCCGACCCAGACAUCUCGUGGUUCAAAGACUUCCUCCCCGUCAACACCACCAACAACAAUGGGCGCAUUAAGCAGCUCAGAUCAGAAUCCUUUGGUGGUACACCAAUAAGAGGAGCCCUCCAGAUAGAGCAGAGCGAAGAGUCUGACCAGGGCAAAUACGAAUGUGUGGCCACCAACAACGAUGGAACGCGCUACUCUGCUCCAGCUAAUCUGUAUGUCAGAGAGCUGCGAGAAGUACGACGGGUGCCGCCACGGUUCUCCAUUCCACCUACAGACAAUGAGAUCAUGCCAGGCGGUAGUGUCAAUAUCACGUGUGUGGCAGUGGGCUCUCCCAUGCCAUAUGUCAAGUGGAUGCUGGGUGCUGAAGACCUCACGCCGGAGGAUGACAUGCCCAUUGGACGCAACGUCUUGGAGCUUACCGACGUCCGGCAGUCAGCCAACUACACUUGUGUGGCCAUGUCCACCCUUGGGGUGAUCGAGGCUGUGGCGCAGAUAACAGUAAAAGCUUUACCCAAGGCCCCUGGAGUUCCUGUCGUGACAGAGCGCACAGCCACCAGCAUUACACUGACUUGGGACUCUGGCAAUCCCGAACCAGUGUCCUACUACAUCAUACAACACAAGUCCAAGUACUCAGACGACUCGUAUAAGGAAAUUGAUGGUGUAGCCACUACUCGGUAUAGUGUGGGUGGCCUCAGCCCGUACUCAGACUAUGAGUUUCGAGUGGUGGCAGUAAACAACAUUGGACGAGGGCCACCCAGCGAGAGUAUUGAAGCCAAAACAGCUGAGCAGGCCCCCAGCACAGCGCCUAGGCAGGUCAGAGGUCACAUGCUGAGCACCACCACAGCUGUCAUCCACUGGGAGGAACCGGAGGAGGCCAACGGGCAGAUCAUGGGCUAUAGAGUCUACUACACUACGGAUUCUACCCAGCACGUCAACCUGUGGGACAAGCAGAUUGUACGGGGAAAUAACUUUGUCACCAUCCAGGGCCUUAUCCCCAAUAAGACGUACUACAUCAAGGUUCUAGCCUACACCUCAGUAGGCGAUGGACCUCUUUCUCAAGAUCUACAGAUCAUCGCUAAGACGGGAGUUCCCUCCCAACCAACCGACUUCAAAGGCGAAGCCAAAUCAGAAACAAGCAUUUUGCUUUCCUGGAUCGCUCCAGCACAGACCGGACAGGAAAAUCAAAUCACAGGAUAUGAACUCAUGUACAGGAAGAGGGACGACAAAGACGAGAAGCAUGUCAGCUUUGAGCCAACAACAACGUACCUACUGAAGGAUUUGAAGCCCUUCACUACGUACACUUUCCGGCUUGCGGCUCGUAGUAAACAUGGGGUUGGAGCCUACACCAAUGAAAUCUCCGCAGAAACGCCACAGACACAACCCUCGGGUCCGCCACAGGAAGUCAAGUGCUACAGCCCCAGCUCCACCAGCAUCCUGGUAAGUUGGCGGCCACCUCCUGUGGAGUUACAAAAUGGGAUCAUAACGCAGUACACCAUAAAAUACACGGCAACGGACGGGGAGGACUCUGCUACUCAUCAAAUCUCCAGCAUCCCUCCGGAAAGCUCGCGCUAUCUUUUGGAAAACUUGGAUAAAUGGACAGAGUAUCGUGUGACGGUUACUGCUCACACCGAUGUUGGAGCAGGACCGGAGAGCCUGCCGCUGCUCAUCCGCACAGAGGAGGAUGUUCCUAGCGGGCCACCUCGUAAAGUUGAGGUGGAGGCUGUCAACUCCUCGUCAAUUAAAGUGAUCUGGCGCUCUCCGAUGCCCACCAAGCAGCACGGUCAGAUCCGAGGGUACCAGGUGCACUAUGUCAGGAUGGUUAAUGGGGAGCCCACAGGACAGCCAGUCAUCAAGGACAUCCUGAUUGAUGAUGCCCAGUGGGAAUAUGAUGAUUCAACUGAGCAUGAAAUGGUCAUCUCAGAGCUGCAGGCUGAGACCACAUACUCUGUUACUGUGGCAGCCUACACCACAAAGGGUGACGGUGCACGCAGUAAACCCAAGCUAAUCACCACCACUGGCGCAGUUCCUGAAAAACCUCGACUAAUGGUCAGCACAACCAAUAUGGGCACAGCUCUCCUGCAGUGGCACCCCCCUGCAAUAACCCACGGGCCCCUACAAGGCUACCGUCUACGCUUCGGCCGCAAAGACGUGGAUCCGCUAACGGUCAUUGAAUUCCCCGAGCGAGAAAACCACUACACUACCAAAGAGAUCCAUAAAGGAGCCUCAUACACGUUUCGCCUUUCAGCACGCAACAAGGUGGGCUUUGGUGAAGAAACUGUCAAAGAAGUCACCACAAAUGAGGAUGUCCCAAGCGGCUACCCUCAGAGCAUCACAGCAGAGGGUGCCACCACCUCCACCAUUCAGGUCAGCUGGCAGCCUGUUUUACUGGCAGAGCGAAACGGCCAAAUAGUGAAAUACGCUCUGCAGUACAAAGACAUCAACAGCCCACGCAGCCCCUCAGAACUGUUUAUCACUGCCCCGGAGUCAACGGCCAUCGUGGACGGCCUUAAGGCAGAUACCACUUAUGAUAUUAAAAUGUGUGCUUUCACCAGCAAGGGAUCUGGUCCCUAUAGCCCCAGUGUCCAAUUCAGGACACAGCCUUUGGAUCAAGCAGUGUUCGCAAAAAAUUUCCACGUGAGAGCUGCCAUGAAGACAUCCGUGUUGCUGACCUGGGAAAUCCCGGACACCUACAACCCAGCUCAGCCUUUCACCAUCCUCUACGAUAAUGGCCAGAGUGUGGAAGUGGACGGGAAACUAACACAGAAGCUAAUCACCGGUCUUCAGCCUGAGACACAGUACUCUUUUCUCCUGACUAACCGUGGCAACAGUGCUGGAGGUCUGCAGCACCGGGUGUCCACGAUGACGGCCCCAGAUAUCCUACGCACCAAACCCUACCUGAUAGGAAAGACCAACUCCGAUGGCAUGGUGACUGUGGAGCUGCCGUCUGUGCAAACAUCCGAGAGAGUGAGGGGAUAUUACAUUGUGGUGGUGCCUCUGAAGAAGCAGCGCACUGGCAAGUUUUUCAAGCCCUGGGACAAUCCUGAUGAGAUGAAUCUGGAAGAGCUGCUGAAGGAGAUAAACCGAACGAGCAGAGGCCUUCGCUUCCGGAGGCAGGCUGAACCCAAAGCCUAUAUUGCUGCAUACUUCAAAGACCUGCCUAAAGAGUUCACCCUGGGAGAUGGCAAGAUCUACGGGGACUUUGAAAACAAGCAACUCCAGAAUGGCCAGGAGUAUAUCUUCUUCGUGCUUGCUGUUCUGGAGAUGUCUGAAAACAUCAUGUAUGCCACCAGCCCCUACUCUGACUCAGUGGUUUCAGCAGACAUUGAUCCCCAGCCAAUCAUUGAUGAGGAGGAAGGCCUCAUCUGGGUAGUGGGCCCUGUGCUGGCUGUCGUCUUCAUCAUAUGCAUCGUUAUUGCAAUCCUCCUCUACAAAAGCAAACCAGACAGAAAACGAGCAGAGUCUGAAGCCAGGAAAGGGAGUCUCCCCAACAGCAAGGAAAUGCCGCUGCAUCAUCCCACUGACCCCGUUGAGCUGCGGCGCCUCAAUUUCCAAACACCCGGUUCAGGUGCGCCCAGUCACCCCAGUAACCUCCAUUUGUCAAGUAUGGCCAACCAUCCUCCAAUCCCCGUGAUGGAUUUGGCGGAUCAUCUAGAGCGCCUGAAAGCCAACGACAACCUCAAGUUUUCACAGGAAUAUGAGUCUAUCGACCCUGGCCAGCAGUUCACAUGGGAGCACUCGAACCUGGAGGUCAACAAACCAAAGAACAGAUAUGCCAACGUGAUUGCCUACGACCAUUCCAGAGUCCUGCUCUCUGGCAUUGACGGUAUCCCUGGAAGCGACUACAUCAAUGCCAACUACAUCGAUGGCUACCGAAAGCAGAACGCCUACAUCGCCACCCAAGGAGCUCUGCCGGAGACGUUCGGGGAGUUCUGGAGGAUGAUCUGGGAGCAGAGGAGCGCCAUCAUCGUCAUGAUGACCAAGCUGGAGGAGAGAUCCAGGGUGAAAUGUGACCAGUACUGGCCCACGAGAGGGACCGAAACCUACGCUCUCAUCCAAGUGACACUGCUCGACACGGUGGAACUGGCCACAUACUGUGUCAGGACAUUUGCACUUUUCAAAAACGGCUCGAGUGAGAAGAGGGAGGUGAGGCAGUUCCAGUUCACAGCCUGGCCGGACCACGGGGUACCAGAGCACCCCACCCCGUUCCUGGCCUUCCUGAGGCGGGUGAAAGCUUGCAACCCUCCGGAUGCUGGGCCCAUGGUGGUGCACUGCAGCGCCGGGGUGGGACGCACGGGCUGCUUCAUCGUCAUCGAUGCCAUGCUGGAGCGGAUCAAGCACGAGAAGACGGUGGACAUCUACGGGCACGUGACGCUAAUGCGGGCCCAGCGCAACUACAUGGUGCAGACGGAGGACCAGUACGUCUUCAUCCACGACGCGCUCCAGGAGGCCGUCAACUGCGGCACCACCGAAGUGCCCGCCAGAAACCUGUACGCCUACAUCCAGAAACUGACGCAGAUAGAGGGCGGAGAGAAUGUCACCGGCAUGGAGCUAGAGUUCAAGCGUUUAGCCAACACUAAAGCCCAUACGUCAAGAUUCAUCAGUGCCAACCUCCCCUGCAACAAGUUCAAGAACCGCCUUGUAAACAUAAUGCCAUACGAGUCCACACGAGUGUGUCUUCAGCCCAUCCGGGGAGUCGAGGGCUCCGACUACAUCAAUGCCAGUUUCAUCGAUGGGUACAGGCAACAGAAAGCCUAUAUUGCCACGCAGGGACCACUGGCAGAGACCACAGAGGACUUCUGGAGAAUGCUGUGGGAGCACAACUCUACGAUCGUCGUUAUGCUCACCAAGCUCAGAGAAAUGGGCAGGGAAAAAUGCCACCAGUACUGGCCAGCAGAGAGGUCAGCCAGGUACCAGUACUUUGUGGUGGACCCCAUGGCCGAAUACAACAUGCCCCAGUACAUCCUGAGAGAAUUCAAAGUGACUGACGCCAGGGAUGGACAGUCACGGACAGUAAGGCAGUUUCAGUUCACAGACUGGCCUGAACAAGGAGUGCCAAAAUCAGGAGAGGGCUUCAUUGAUUUCAUUGGCCAAGUACAUAAAACAAAAGAGCAGUUCGGCCAAGACGGACCAAUCUCAGUCCACUGUAGCGCGGGUGUUGGUAGAACUGGAGUUUUCAUCACCCUCAGCAUCGUCUUGGAACGAAUGAGAUACGAAGGCGUAGUAGACAUUUUUCAGACGGUGAAAAUGUUGCGGACGCAGAGACCAGCCAUGGUGCAGACAGAGGAUCAGUACCAGUUCUGCUACAGAGCUGGCCUGGAGUACCUGGGAAGCUUUGAUCACUAUGCAACGUAGGAGACCCAGUAUUGGAGGAAAAAAGCAGAGGGCCCUUUGGAAAGAAAACCCAGCGAGCCUCUCUUCUGAGCCAUAAAUUCCUGCUUGAGAAAGUACUCCUUAACUCCUGCUAACAACUCAUUAAGUGUUGGAUGUGUGACAUGACUUGUCAAAAAAUGAAAAAGAAGAUUCCCGGAGGACCAAGUAUUUCCCAACCCCAAUAAAAGGCUCGCUUUGACUGUGUCAAAGUGGGAGAAUCCUGACUGUUGAAGCAUCGUACGGAAUUACCUUUUUCUUUUGCUUCAAGGAUUUGUUUUGGGGUUCAUAAAAACUGAGUGAACCCAACACUACAAAAAAGUAAACGAACAACAAUGACAUCGUCAGAAGUGCAUCAGUGAAUAUGAACCAUUACGAGAGGCAUUGGAGGCACACAGAAUUGCGGCGGAAAAAACAAUGCACAUUGUAAAGAUAAAAAAAAUCAGUUUCACAAUCAAGUACACACAGACAACCCAUCGAAAAAGAAGACAAUGCUUGAUCCACGACAGCAGGACAGACUCAAAGUAAUAAUGAAUAAAUACUCCUUUUCCUGCCACUACGUUCAUCAUCUAAAUUUUUGGGAGAGGGUAAAGUUAAAAAGUUCUAUGAAAUAAAUAAAAUUAUUGAUUUAGUUUUUUAGUACUUUAUUAUACAGCUGAUGUGCUUUUUUUGAACUGUGUGAAUUUCCUUUUUUUACACAAAUGUAUCGCUUGGAGAAAAGUGAUAUUUCCGUAACUCUUCAUUUUUCUUAAGCUGUAGAACUGUUCUGACGUACGUGCUGUUUUGCAGAGAAUCUCUUUGCGUUUUCCCCUGUUUUUUGGUUUGCUUUAAGUUCGGGCCCAUUUUGUUUGCGGAACAAGAUUCAAACCACCGAAACGUAACUUUGUUCCGUGGUUAUGUUUUGGUCUUGAAUUUUUUGCCUGUUUUUGUCCAUGAUCACAUACAGUACAUGGUAACUUAAUUACUACCCACAUGAUAAACUGGGGCUUUGUGGAAUCAACAGGGAUGAGCAAAGUAUGAAGUUGCUGCUACCGAUUAUCUUAGUUCUUCCAUGUUAGAAUGAUGAUAAGCGACACCCUGAUGGAUUUGAUAGGAUAUACGAAUAUAUAUAGAUUGCCAAAUAUAUGUAAAAAUAUUAAAGUAUAUAUAUUACAUGAUAUAUAUAUAUAAUUAUAAAGUACAUAGUUUGAGUAAAAAGUCUAUGAAAUAUAUGGAUUCUAAAUUGAGAGUUGUGUGCUAUGGGGGAAAUGAAGAGAUUUUUCACUGGAAUGCACAUCAGUAGGACAAACUGUAAUCUGAUUCAGUGCAUCUUUUCUUGUGCAAUAAAUACGUGUGUUUUUGGGUAGGGUUUUAUGUGGCUAUGUUAUUCACUUUUGACAAUGUUGUCUCCCCCCCACCCCACUAGCGAGGAGGUGUGGGAGUGGGAUUGUCAGAUGCCAGUCAAAGAAUCAGUGGUGCAUUUUUUUUUAUUCCGGGCUCUUUCACAGUCUGUAAUUAUAGGCUCAGCCACAUUCACCGCUCCACACAAUAGGUAAGGUACAAAAACGUCACUUUCUUGUGGUCCUUUAAAGCAUUCGACGGUAAUGACAUUUCUUUUGAUUUUGCAUUUAGAGUGCCUUAUAUUUAUGCCUGUUUUAUAAUGUUUCAUUUAACAUAUUGUAUCCUUUGAGUACUCCAGGCAUUUAGUAAAUGUAAUGAUAUAGUUUAUUUACCUUUAGUAUUCAUUCGUCACAUGAUGAGAUUAUAUAUGCAAAUAAGAACAUUUCAAGAACUCAUACUUUUCAUUUUCAGUGGCCUUAUUGUGGCUGAGUGAAUUAGAGUAACACUUUAUAAUAGAUCACUAUCUCAACGGAAAACUGUAUCAAUUUUCAAACAGUCAGGGAUGACAUGGCAGAAUACUGGUCUCAACUAAACAGACACUAGUCCAUCUCCAAAACGAAUCUAGUGACGUACUGCAUGUUCAUCUUUUAAAAGCAGAUUUGGUCCAAUCGAUGCCUAGUACAGGUCAUCACUGAAGGGUUUCUUCUUCAUGCCUUAGGUUUGAAAUACAGACCGUGUGUCCCUGCAGAGAGCAGAUGCAAACUAAACACCAGUUCUGUUAUCCUGACAAUGCUAAACAGUGUGUCUGUUGUGUGUCUAGUCUUUCUGUUGAGCAGUGUUAUGAAUCUCUCCGUACCCUCUGAUGGCUUUGUGGAUGUGCAUUCCAGGUAUUUUCUUUCCCUUGUUAACUCCAGCAGCAUCCGUUUUCAUUUUUGUCGACUGCUUAACUGAUGUCUUUUGUCGUAAACUUUGAGCUAUAAAGUGCUAUUAUUUAACCUCAUGGCGGCUAAUGUUAUGUUAUGUUCAAGUCUCGACGUAUUUUCAUUUUUCUCAUCUCAUUUUUGUUUUAUUAUUAUUGAUUUUUCACACGCAUGGUAAAACAUUGCAGAACGGCCAAAGCUGGCCUGGUAGGAGGAUUUGCACUUUCUCUAUCUUUGUACUAUGCACUGCCCUAUUGAUUCUAAACCCAAUAAUAUAUUACUUGAACCCAUCUAUAAAAAGAAAAUCUCCUCAAACGUUCACUUUGUGUGUAUGUAAAUAACACAGAAAAGGUAUCAACUCCUGAAAAAUACAAAAAAAAAAAGUUUGUGGCAAAAAGAGCAUCCAUUCUGAUGCCAUGGUUACUCCAGCAGAUGACUUCAGAAAAUCUGUCCCCCGACCAUCUGUUCUCGUGGCUUUGCCAUUCAAGCUUGGAGUGUCAUCAACAGAAAUAAACGUUGUGUUCUCUGCUCUAUCUAUCUCUCGUCUGGAUGCAUAGACUGAAAAUUAAAUAAUGAAAUUGUAAAAAAAUGGCUUGUUAAAAAGAUCAUACAAUUACCUCUGAUUAGUUGUAAGCGUAAACUGUUUUUUUUUCUGAAUGAAAGGAGUGCUUUUUAUUUUCUUACUUAGGUUACAUUGGUGGCGAAAGAAGUCUGUAUGAAAAUCAGUUCUUUGCUGACACAAGUUCCAUUUGUUAUAAAUGAAUUCUAUUAAAAAAUGUCAGUGUUA